AUGGCUUCAGAUGACGAGGGAGGCUUGGACCUCUUUCAGGAGCCUGCUGAUUACUUCGAACCAGAAAAGGAGGCAACCUUUGCUACCCACCAGCUGCUAUCUGGAAAGAAAUUCACUGUGCGAUUGGUGGGCCAUAAUCCGUUGUGGGGUCAUUUCCUGUGGAACGCUGGGCGAACGAUAUCAGCUUACCUGGAGGAGCAUGCAGAUGACCUUGUAAAAGGAAAGACUGUGCUUGAACUUGGCGCAGGGGCUGGACUUCCCAGUCUUGUCUGUGCCCUCAAUGGAGCCUCACAGGUGGUUGUGACGGACUACCCUGAUGCUGAACUGAUUGAGAACCUUCGUUACAACAUCGAUCAUUGUGAUCUAUUGCCUAUGCCAAGGAAGAUUGCUGCAGAGGGUUAUCUGUGGGGUGCAUCGACCGAAACUGUAACAAGUCACCAGGGCGAUGACGGAGGCUUUGAUGUGCUCGUUCUUGCAGAUCUCCUGUUCAAUCACUCCGAGCACGCAAAACUCAUCAGAACGGUAGAGCUGACCUUGAAGAGAGCACCAAGUUCCAAGGCCUACGUGUUCUUUACACCAUACCGACCCUGGCUCCUCGAAAAGGACCUUGCUUUCUUUGACUUAGCCCGUGAGGCCGGCUUUGUUGUCACCAAGACUUUAGAGAAAGUCAUGGACAAGGUGAUGUUCGAAGAAGACCCGGGAGACGAGCUUCUUCGUCGUACAGUGUAUGGUUAUGAGCUCACAUGGGCGAGCUGA